CUGGGAAGUGUGUUAACCAGCGUAGCACUUUCACUCCGGGCGCCCAGGUUACCGCGUGCAUACCCCUUUCUGUGACACUACCAGGCAUAGUUCUGCCUACCAGGACUCUCCAUAUCCAAGGAAUCUGUACAUUUGCAGAAGUAAUAAGAAAAAAAUGACCACAUUUAAGGAGGCCGUGACCUUCAAGGACGUGGCUGUGAUCUUCACUGUGGAGGAGCUGGAGCUGCUGGACCCGUCCCAGAGGAUGCUGUACCGAGAUGUGAUGCUGGAGAACUUCCGGAACCUGAUCUCAGUGGGAGGCAAGAUCCAAUAUGAGAUGGAGACUGUUCCAGGAGCAGAGCCACAUGAAGAGCUUUCCUGCUGGUACAUUUGGCAAAAAAUUGCAAAUGACAUAAUCAGGAGGCAGGACUCCAUGAUAAAGAGUUCUCAGUUCCCCAGACAGCUUGAUUCAACCAGCCAUCUUGGGGCAGGACUGUCUGUAACUCACAGAGGCCAGAAAACUUACCAGGAAAAUGAGUGUAAAAUAUUUUUCGGUGAUAUCUCCAACUUUAAUUCUCAUCGACGGUCAGGAGCAAAGUCUCAUACAUGUGGUGAGUGUGGAAAAAGCUUCUAUCAUAGCUCGGCACUCCAUAUUCAUCAGAGAGUUCACUUAGGAGAGAAGUGCUACAAGUGUGGUAAGUGUGGUAAGGAAUUCAGUCAUAGCUCACGCCUGCAAACUCAUCUGAAAGUCCACACCAUAGAGAAACCAUUUAAAUGUGAGCAGUGUGGGAAAGGCUUCAGUCGUAGAGCAACACUUAUUGACCACUGCAAAUUACACUCGGGAGAGAAACCUUUUAAGUGUGAGGAAUGUGGGAGGGCCUUCAUUCAUGCUCACCAUCUUCACAACCAUCAGAGAGUCCACACUGGAGAGAAACCAUUCAAAUGUGAUAUAUGUGGGAAGAACUUCCGUCGUAGAUCAGCACUUAAUAGUCAUUGUGUGGUCCACACGGGGGAGAAACCUUACAAAUGUGAGGAAUGCGGGAAGUGCUUCGGUUGGAAUUCACAUCUUCAUAUCCAUAAGAGCAUCCACAUGGGACAGAAACUGUACAAAUGUGAGGAGUGUGGAAAGAGCUUCUAUUCUAAGGCAGAUCUUUAUUAUCAUCAGAGGAUCCACACAGGAGAGAAACCCUAUGAUUGUAAGGAAUGUGGGAAGAGCUACAGGUGGGCUUCACAUCUUUUGGCCCAUCAGCGAGUCCACAGUGGAGAAAAACCAUUCAAAUGUGAAGUGUGUGGGAAGAGAUUUGGCCGGAAGUCAUACCUGCAAGCUCAUCAAAAGGUCCACACCAGAGAAAAGCCAUACAAGUGUGAGACAUGCGGGAAAGGCUACAAGACAAGCUUGGAUCUUGUUGUGCACCAGAGCAUCCACACAGGAGAGAAACCAUAUACAUGUUGGGUGUGUGGAAAGCACUUAAGUAGGGCCUCACAUCUUAAACUUCAUCAGAGAGUCCAUACUGGAGAAAAACCAUAUAAGUGUGACGUGUGUGGUAAGCUCUUCAGUCAGUUUGCACAUGUACAGUCUCACCAGAGAGUUCACACAAGGGAGAAACCAUACAAGUGUGAGAUAUGUGGUAAGCACUUCAGGUCAAGUUCAUAUUUUAGAAUUCAUUACAGAAGCCAUAUUAAUGAUAAAUUUCAUCCAUUCUCAGAGGGAGGGAAAUAAUUUGUUUAAUUAAAGGGAAUGUUUCAGCCAUAGCUCAACAUCCCAGUGAUGCUGAAACCGCAGAAGUGGUGCGGUAAGGGCACGAGGACAGGGAGCUUGUUUGCUGCAGAACCUGCACAACCUUAACAUUGAUUAGCACAUGUGCUCAGUACAUGUUUGUGAAAUCAGGAGAAAUUAUAUAAAGCUUACAUGGAAGAGGACGCCUGCAAAAAUAAACAAUUCAGAGAAACAAACAUGAGUUGAAAUGCAGAAGUGCACUGGGUACUAUAUCCCACUGCAUUAUUUUGGUGGUAUCCUUGCAGUUGGCUCCUGCCCGACCCUCUAGCUCUGUUCUGAGGUUGGGUUCUCUCUCUUUUUGCUGGGGGAGGGGUGUUCUUAUUAUUCAGAUUUCUCUUUGGUAUCUCAUUGGUAUAUAUAGUAUAAAUUCAUGUAUCUCACUUAUGAUUUUUCUCACAGUGCCGACAGGUUUAACUGUAAUAACUGGCUACUGCACAUAUUACAAUAGAAAUUUUUCAGUGUUAAGGCAAGUGUGCAAAGUAACCCAUUCAAAGCAUCAGAUUUAGUACUAACGACAAAAAUGUUCUAAAUCUUGAUUGAAUAUUAAAUUUCUGUGUUUCCAUACA